AUGGCGAUCUGUACUUAUAACGCACGUACGCUUGCAUCGGAAGCGGCCAUCGAAGAUCUGAUGAUGCGAGCCAAGAAGAUCAAGGAGGAGGCUCGCCGAGUUUUGACGACUAAGACCAUCCUGGGACUCGCAUUUGAGCCCUCUUUUACGCUGGACGUGGGAGUCACCGGUGGAGGGUACCGUAAUGAAAUGACCUCUCGUAUAAAGGUUCUGCCUGACGGACGAGAGCGGAAGCCGCCAGUUCGAGAGAAAUCCGGACUACCAUACUGGGAUCUCUUCGCUCGCUGGCCGGCUUUUGGGAGAUUCUGCAUGGCACAUCGACGGGAAUGUGCCGGCUUGUCGACACCUUCACGACUGCGCGAAGAGGCUGAGAGUUUUAAACCACCGGAGGCGCCUGGCCGAGCCGCGGGACCAGAACUCACGUCCGGCUCGCAGGCUUUGCCGGAGGCGAUAAGGAAGACCUUAAGAGAAGAGCAGAAGUGCUGGCUGAGCUGCGGGGGGGAAAGCAUCCGCUUGCCCGUCGGACUUCGCCGUCGUAGACGAGGUGACUGCUCCCGGACCCAGGGAACAGCCUUGUCGAGAGGGGGAUGGGGAUUCCACCUCCUGAUUUUGACAGCCAUGUCCUUGCCUCCUCACCUCUGA